AUGUUUUACUUCAAACACCCCUCCUUUGCAUCUUCCUAUGUCUCUUCUAGUGCUCUCAGUGGUUCCAAUACUCCACGUACUCCAAAACACCAUCACCCAGUCAAGAUUGGUCCUUGGAAGCUUGGCCCUACUCUAGGUAAAGGUGCUACUAGCAGAGUUUUUCUUGCCACCAAUGCUCAUACCGGCCAGAAGGCUGCUGUGAAAGUUGUCUCAAAGUCGUCACUGAACUCAGAUGGAGGCUCCACUAACGGCGACUCUAAUGAUGCAGACGGUGACAGGGGCUGCGAUUCUGCCGGCCUCAGCUAUGGCAUCGAGAGAGAAAUCAUUAUCAUGAAGCUAUUGAAUCAUCCCAACGUGUUGCGAUUAUAUGACGUUUGGGAAACUGAAAAGGCUCUCUACUUAGUUCUUGAGUACGUUGAAGGAGGCGAAUUGUUCGAUCUCUUGGUGGAAAGUGGCCCUCUUCCAGAGAGGACAGCGGUUGUAUUCUUUAGGCAGAUCAUUAUGGGUGCUUCCUAUUGCCACAGUUUAGGUAUCUGCCACAGAGACUUGAAACCUGAAAAUUUACUUUUGGAUCGUGACUACAACAUUAAGAUUGCAGACUUUGGUAUGGCUGCUUUGGAGUCUACGGACAGACUUCUGGAGACUUCCUGCGGUUCGCCUCAUUAUGCCGCUCCUGAGAUAGUUAGUGGUCUACGUUACCAUGGUGCAGCGUCCGAUGUCUGGUCCUGUGGUGUCAUUCUAUUUGCCCUUCUUACCGGAAGACUUCCGUUCGACGAUGAGAACAUUAGGGAUUUACUUCUCAAAGUACAGAAAGGAAAGUAUGAGAUUGUCGAAGAGGUUUCUCAAGAAGCUCGUGACCUUGUAUCCAAGAUGCUUACAGUUGAUCCUGAGAAGCGUAUCAGAACUAGAGACAUCCUAUUUCAUCCUUUGUUGCUAAAGUAUUUUGGUAGUCCCGAAGAUUUAGCUGAUUACAAGGAGCUUCCUGCACCUGGUUCUGCUACACACCCUGUUGCCAAGACUGCUGAAGGCAUUGAUAAGCAUAUCCUUGAGAAUUUGGUGACGCUUUGGCACGGCCGAUCUGAACAGGAUAUUGUUCAAUCAUUGUUGAACCCAGAGCAGAACUCCGAAAAGACUUUCUAUUCCCUUUUAUUGCGCUAUCGCCACGAUCAUAGUGAGAGGGGCACGGAUUCUUUAGUGAGGAGCUCUUCUAUAAUUUCUAGGGCUACCACAAUUAACAGUGGUAACUCCAAUGGACGCAGAAUAUCUCAUUCUAGGACUUCCUUUACCGCGUCCUCUGCUCACAACCGCUCAAUUUCAUUUCAAAGCUCCCAUUCUCGUCAUAUCGGCAGCCCGGGAUCUGGCUCCGGAUCGGUUACUCGAUCCAGCUCUACAUCUAUCCCACCUCUUCCUGAAGGGGAGACUUAUAACGAGUAUCUGCGCAGUGCCAACAAGCGACAGAGUUCCCUUAGGAACUCAAUGCUUUUAGCAAACGUAAAUGAGGAUGAGACAAAGGAUGAUAACGCUACUGAAACUCCUGAUACAGCCACAGUGGUCGAAUGCUCUAAUGUUGCCUCGGAUUCUGUUGAUACAGGAGCUACUAUCGGAUCCGCCAAUUUUCGCUCUUCUGCUCGUAAUUCAAUGCUUUACAAUGAAUCGGGCUCCAAUAGAAACUCUAUAAUUCGUUCGAGGCGUACCUCGGGGAUAAGAAACUCUGUUACAACAAAGCUCUUAUACACUUACGCUAAGUUGGCUGCGGAGGAGGAGAAGAACAAGAAGAGCGUUCAAGAAUAUGGUAGACGCACCUCUGCCGAUUUCGGUAAACUUUGCGAUGUUCUUUUUGGCAGUGAUAGCAAGGCCAAUACUGCAAUUCCUAAUUCUGAGUCAAUGGCUACUAUCAACGCAAUUGUGUUUGAUGGUUCGAGCAGCCGCAGGAACUCUAGGGCAAACAGAAGAUCGUCAAAGUCUGCUUCUAAAAGAUACUCUCGGAUCUCUCAUGGCUCUAGAAGAUCUGUGAUCACCAAGCACAACUCUGCAAGAAAGUUGAGUCAGCUGCUGGAAGGAAGCUCAAAGCUUAGAUUGCCUUCUGCUACUUCGGCUGAAGGAAAGCGUGCAUCUUCCAAUCCAAUUGAACGGAUAUCACGUAUUUUGAAUGCCAGGGAUAUAGAUCAGUUUGAAAGGAGAGCUAUUAGUGAACUAAAUGUGGAUAGACCUAUCUCCGGUGGGGUGCCCCCUCCAAAGCCCGCUUCUAAACUUGAUCCUAGAUACAGAGCAUACCACGAGUACGAGCUUACAGUUGAAAGAGAAAAUGCCAUUAAGGCUGAAAUCGAGAGAAAGAAAAACGAGUUGAAGGCCAAGAAGGAAGCCGAAGAAAAGGUUAGAAGAGAGCAAGAACAACAAAUGAGGAGAGAUGAAGAGAGACAGAGGCAAGAUCAGGACGCCGAGCAAGCUGAGCAAGAUGAUGACGAAGAAAAUCGUUUAGGCAAUAGAUCGCUUGAUGCAUCUGGCUUAGGCGCCUCUGCUGUUGAUAGAGCAUUUGGCAAACCUCUUGGAUACAGUGGAACCAUUCAUCAAAGAAGGGUUCCCACUAGAAUCAGUGACGUGGUGAUCCCAGAGGUUACUCGUCGCUCCAAAGCAUUUCCCAAUGAGAAGAGGUACAGUGUUCUGUCUCUUUAUUCUACCAGGGAGUCAUCGAAACGUCUCAGUUUCUACUUGAAAGAACUUGAUGAGGAGCUGAACAAGAGCCCGUCGAAGAUGGAACCACGUCUAAGUAUGCAGGAGGAAGAGGAGGAGACAGCAGCAGAUAUACAUCUACAACGAGACGUACCUGAUGUCCCUACAGAAACGUCGCUCGAUGAGCUUGAUGAUACUGUCGAUAUGCGGUUGAGUCUUGAUCAUCUUGAAUAUCCAAGAAGUUCAAAGAGGUAUUCACAUACUUCAGGUACAUCUGAUGAUCUCUGCUUCGUCGAUAAGAAUAAGUCUAAGAGACAGUCUCUGAAGCUGAACGAAUCCACCACACCAAGACUUGGUUACAAAGCUUCGAGAAACUCGUUGAUCUCGAAUAGUGGCGAAGAUUCAAACGCUUACAAGAAUCUUCGGAUACCAGAAAUUCCAGGUUCUCCAAUAAAGAAAGAUAGAAAGAUUAAGAGUCAAAAAACAGACUUUGAGAUUUAUGCAGAUGAGGAAGGACAGGACAAGAAAGACCAAGAGAAUCAGAGGAACAAUCAUAAGCAGUCUGAGACUGCUGAAAGAUCCCUUCCUUCUCUUCCGGAGCCUAAGGAAAAAAGAAAAAGAGCUGCUGCAAAGAAGGAGUCACAGAAAAAGGCUCUUCGGCCCACGGACGGGAACAAGCAAGGGAAGUCUAGCAGCAGAAAAACGUCGUUUUUCCGUAGAUUGUCUCAUAAAAAACCAACACAGAAGGAAAAUGCCGAAUUAGAUAAAGAAGAAUCGACUGCUGACAGACAGGGCUCAUUCUCCCGAAUGUUUAAACGCAUCUUUUCAUCUGAAUCUGAGAAAUCACAGGUACUCUCAACCAAGUUACAAAAACAGGAAUUGUACGAGGCCAUGAAGUCCCUUCUCUCAAGUUGGACACGGCACGGAGUCACUGAUUUGACGUUUGACGAAAACUUCAAUCGGAUUAAUGCUACCGUGGCCAAGAAGAACGCUAUGAACGUUAAGCCCUGCAAAUUUGUAUGCAAGGUUCUAUCGGAAGAUAACAUGUGGAAACCUGAAGCACACUCUCAGGUUGUAUUCACCCCUGUAAAUGGCUCAUCGAAGACCUUUAAGAAGCUUGCCAAUGAAAUCCAGAUAAUCUUUAAGAAGGAGUCUGUAUUUGUUGAAUAA